GUAUACGCGCGAAGACUCAUUCUGUUUCUUGGAUGCUUUGGUCGUUCAGAUUCUAGCUGUAUUUAUCUAUCUAUGAUUAAGACAGCUCAUAGCGUUUCCAAUCUACAUUCUACUUUGGAAUUGAGUCCAUGUGUGAUUAAACGUACACAAAGUUCUCAUUUCGUGCAGAUACUUGACGAAUCUAUGUGUGUUGUUCGUGAAGAUCUCACGGAAUGGUUACAACAUUAUUUAUUUUCAACUGCUAAUGCAUGCCCCAUAGAAGCACAUUAUCUACUUUGUCGUUUAGCAUCAGGUCUGUGGCUUUCUAGACUGGCUUGUAAAUUACAUUAUUCGAUUUUGGAAUCAGGUCAUCAAAUUGCACCAAAAUCAAAAGCCUUAUCAAAAUCAACACAUAAUAGUAAUAAUAAUAAUGGUCGUUCAUAUGAAUUUCUAAGAGGUGCAGUAUCCAAUCGUGACUUAAAAAAUCUUACUCCGAUUUCAUUACCAUCAUUUCCUUCUACAUUAACUGAUUGUGCUAAACUACCACUUGGUCCGUCAGAUCUCUGUUCUUUUUCACCACAACAUACUAGUUAUAAACAUAACUCAAAUAUGUCAAAAUGUAAUAUAGAUUUUCCUAAAGAAAAUAUCUCAUUAAAAUCUCGCGUUGCUGAUCGUUGGAUAGCUCGUGAUAAUGUUAGUGCGUUUAUCAAAUGGUGUAAAGAUUUGGGUGUACCAGAAACAAUAUUAUUUGAAACAAAUGGAUUAAUGAAUAAGACUGAGGAGAAAAAUGUUUUGCUUACCCUAAUGGAGGUUGCACGUAUUGCAAGUCGUUACGGUCUCACUGAUCUACCGUACUUAGUUCGUAUGGAACGUGAAAUCGAUGAGUUAGAAGCAAAGCAUUCACAAGAUCAAAGUGACAUAAAUCAUUUGUAUCAUGAUAAUAAUAAUAAUAUAAAUAAUUUUACUACUCAUGCCGUGAUUAAUUUGGAAAGAAUUGAUAAUCAAAAAGUGGAUAAUUGUAAAUCUAUUUCUAACUUGGAAAUAACUGUAAAUAAACGAAAGGUAAAAUCUCAGAAAUCUUCGAAGUUCAACACGAUUUCCGAUGAUAAUCACAUGGAUAAAAAUUCUAAUAAUUUUAAUACAGUUCUAAUUGAUUCACAAUCUGAAAAUCAAUUUAUGGACAAUAAAAAUAGUGAUAAUUCUGUACAAACAUCUACUGAUAAUCGAGACAUUUCUUGUGAUAGUAGUGUAUCAUUAUUAUCAAAUCAUUGUUCACAAAAUGAUACUCCGAAUACUACUACUACUACAAUGUAUACUAACUCACAUUCGACAAAUACACACGAUGUAUAUAAUAAGAAUCAAUGUGAUCUUUGUCGAAAUGGUUCUUCUCAAGUUGAUAAUCUGAUUAGUAAUAAUCAGAACUCUACUUGUCAUCAUCAUGCAGUAUUUGAAACAAACAAUCCAGACAAUCGAAAUUCCGCUAAACGUUCAAGAGCUUUGAAUAGCUCUCUCAUAUCUUUGGAAGAUAAUAACAAUGAUCUGAGCAAGGUAGUUACAGAUCAAUUUGUACAACAACAGGUAAUUGGUAAAUGUUCACCUUAUGUUACCAACAGAAAAAGACAACAAACAUUGAAUAAUCUAGAUCUUCGUUUACCAAUAAUUGAGGUAACACCAGUCAAAAUUACAAAAACAGUAAAUAUUUUAUCAUCAGUUAUAAAUACAAAUAAUCGGUGUAAUGACCACUUAUCCUCAAUUAAUAUUGAUUCAACUCAUAAUUGUGUAUCGUCUCUGAGUUCAUUCGAUCUAGUAAACAGUCCUGUUACUAAUUCUUUAAGUAUUUUACAAGUUGAAUCACCUAAAUUAAAAUCAUUAAAACUAAUGAAUGAAAAAUCAGACUUGAAAAAUUUACAAAAUUCUAUAAAUACUAAGAUUAAUACUCCACCUAAACUUAGUGUACCACUUAUGGAUUGUUUAAUUUACAAUGAGAAUUAUGAAGAUCCAAUAUCGACUGAUCCUUCUACAAUAUCAUCUGAUGAUUGUUUAAUUGAUAGUCAGGUAAAAAAAAAGUUUGUUUUGAUCUGUUUACCAAUAUACCUUGAAUGAUUCGAUGUGCUGCUAUUUGUUGCAUUUUACAGUGUUCUUCGUAUAUGUAUUUGCUUCUAUAUCGCAUCGUUGAAAAUUGGCUUCAUUUCUUGUUUCAUAUGUUCUGUUUUGUUUGAUAGUUUGUUAUAAAUGUAUAAACCUGUAUGUAUAUCUGGCUUCGUGUUUUUUUAGCGCUUACUCAAAACCAUGUCAAUGUACUUCCAUGGUCUUAAAAUGUGACUGUUUGUUUAGUGUUACAAGUCAUUGAUGAGAUAUAUAGAAUAUCCGUGAUAAUGAGUUUCUUGAUGUGAAUAUUUUUUCAAUGUUUUUCAUUGUUUUUCUCUGUAUACCUUUCUCGGUAUCAAGUAUCUAAAAACGGUUAGUUACUUACUGCAUGUUUACAUAUGGGUAUUCAUAUCUUUUCAUAACUACUGUUAAUUAUGCAUUGUGCUCUGUGGUAAUCUCUACAGUUUACAUUAUUGAUAAAUGUAAUGAACUUUUGAUUGUACCUUUCUUUUUUUAGGUGAAUAAAAAGUUGGCCCAAUGUACAUGUUGUAAUAAAUUGCAUAUGCAACGUUUAGAAGAAGGUCGAUAUAGGCUAGGUUCACGUAUUUAUUACUUACGCAGAUUUCGUAAUCACGUCAUGGUUCGAGUCGGUGGGGGUUGGCUAACAUUAGACGAAUUCUUGCAUCGUCAUGAUCCGUGUAGACGAGGAAUUCACUCAUUUGAUAUGGAACCAGCAGCUACAUCUAAUGAUAUCCCUCCUAUCAAGUCAUGUUUUAAUGUCCACAAACCAAUUCGUCGACAUUCCGAACUGGAAUCUCCACCUAUUUCACAGGUUAAUUCCAUGAGUAAUUUCAACAGACAAUGGUCUUAUGGUAGUAAUAGUAGUAUGGAAAGCCCAAGAAGUGAUUCCAGUAUGAUUGACACUGGAAUAGUUAGCGAGGUUUCCAGCGUUGGAAGCAUUUCUCAAGCAUCUUCUUCAUUAAACUCCAUUAAACAAAAACAAGAAAAACCAAAAUCAACUCCUCGUCUAACCAUACCAAAGGCUCCAAAUCUUAGGACGGCUUCACGGUCUCGUGAUUCGUCUAAGAAAAAUUCAGACUCUGGGAAGAACAUUUCAGAUAUUGCUGCUGCUGCUUCACAUUCUCGUGCUUCUUCGGCAAAGCGGACAAAUGUUCCAGUAAGUAAUAAAAGAGAUUUUAGAACACCAUCACAGCCCCGUAACCUUUCAUCAAAGCGUGAAGACUCUGUAUCAAGAGCUUCAAAUAUCCGAAAAGUUUCGAACUCGCGUGAGUCCUCCACUAAACGUGAAGAAUCUACACUGACAAAUUGUCGCGCAGAUUCUACGACUCGUCGGACUCUUUGGAGAAAUUAAUUUUUACUUCAUUUUUUCCUUUUUUAUAAAAACUCAUUUGGUUGACUUUAUCUAAUUAUUUAUUUUACCACCAGUUUUAAAAUUUCAUUUUAACUGCUUUUGUUUUGGUUUUGAUUCCUUUACAAAUAGUCUGUCGUACUUUGUUCAAAAUACAACUCUACAAACUAGGCGCGCUUGUUGUUGUUUUUACCAUUGUUAUUAUUUUAUUAUGUUUUCUGGAAUCUUUGUACAUAUGGGAUUUUUUAAAGUAUUAACUCACAUUACAUAAUCUUGUAAUAUUUUUAAAAGUAAUAAAGUAUAAUGUUUAUUCGUAUCAAAGUAAGAUGAAAAAGAAAAAAGUCUAAUCUUUUUUGUUGUGUCAUCUAGUAAUUCGAUUUUCUUUGAACCAUUGUUUUAUUCAAUGAUCAGGAACUUGAUUGUAGUUAUUGUGCUCAUGUUUUGCAGUUAUUAAUUAUGAGAUAAUGGAGGUAAUAUUUGUAGACCAAGAUGAAAAUGUUGAAGAUGUAGUGUCACCUGAGCUUAGAGAACACAACACUAACACAGAUUAUUAUUAAAUCAUUAUUGAACUCAGUUAGUUCUCUAAAUAUAUCCUCCAGAACUUUUUCUGGUAUUAUUGUUCUAUUUUCUUGAACAGAAACUCAUAAAAUGCAUAAAGCUUGAAUAUGACUCAAGACUGCUCAAAUACUUUGUACCUGAAAAGUGUAAAGACAUUUUGUACAGGUCGAUACUUUUAUCAAACUUAUUCAUCUUCAAUUUAUUGAUAAGUGAUGAAAUGAGUAUGGUGUGUAAGAAUGUGUAGUUUUAUUCGUGCAUACUAAAGCUGCACAAUUACAACAAUAGCAUCAAAACUAUCUUUUGCAUUUUAGGAUUUCAGCUUGAUAGAAUAUGGUCGCCUAUGGCCCAGUAGAUUAUAUAAAUUGACAUUUCAUUAUCUGAGAUUAUUGUGCAAGAUCAUCUAAGUUACUCAUAAUUAGUUUAAAUUAGUGAAUAUAAUGUGUACACAGAUUGCGAAUAUCGAGCCUCUUAAUUGAUGAUUCUUAAAUAUCUGAUUUGUCAAGGAAUUUAACAUUUCAAACCAAUUUAUAUUAUAGCGAGCAAGAAAUCAUUUUAAUCGAUACUGACGUUUUAUUUGACAUCGUAUUAUGUAUUCACAACUUGAUAAACGUAAUAGUAUUAUAAUGGGUCAGAUAUAAUGUCAUCUACCAUCAUGAUUAGAUUGAUUUUCCCUGCCUGUAUUAAUCUUUGUUCCUUAAUUUGAACUUCAUAUAUUUUAUUCUUGUAGUUAAACGUUUUCGCAGUAUGUGUCCAUGUUGAAAAUAUCUCAUACGUAUUUUACUCUGUGAAAAUGAAAAGAUUAGGGUUUGAACAAAAUAACAAGUUCUCCAGAAAUAUUCUCACAAUAUCGAGACGACAUGUAAAUUGUUUGAGUACGAUUUUUGUUGCAAAUCUCAUCACCUUCGAAUUUUAAGUAUAAAAUUCUGGUACAGUAUAGUUGCAUAUAUGACGGCUUUAUAUCAAAUACAGUUAGUGAUAGGCAGGGAAGACAUGUUAGGAGAGUGCUCAACAGGAUAAAUUGAUUAGGAC